CGCUGCCCGUUGGAGGCCUGUGCGGCCUGAAGAGCCUGCGGAGCCGUGGUGGGAGUCCUGGACUCCUGGCGACCUCAGUGAUGACCGCUGGGUCCUGUCGGGGACCUGGCCCUGAAUGUGCUGCCCUCUGAGACCCGCCUGGGCACUGCCGGGAGGACCAGCUCUUCCGAGGCAGCUGAGAGGCGCGAGUACUACAAUGCGGGUUUACUAAUAAAGUUAUCACAAAAGAUUAGAAUCAAACAUCUAAAGGAAAUGCUGAUAGCAUGGCUCUGUGUAUGUGUGAAAAGAUAUCUUCAGCAGAUUGUUUUGUUUUAGGGGCUAUCCAGAUUAUGAUUGGCAUCUUUUGUUUUCUCAUGUGGUAUUUACUAUUCACUUUGUAUUGGGGACAAUUUGAAGGAGUCUUUGGGAUUUAUGACCCUGUAACAUACAAAACAGGAUCUUCUUUAUGGGGAAUUUUUUUUAUCAUUUCAGGAGCCUCUAUAAUAAGAGCAGCAAUAUAUUCAACUCAAAAACAUGUGAUGGUUUCUAUUAUUGCGAACUCCGUCAGUGUACUGAUCGCACUUUCUAUAUUAUGUCUAACAAUAGUUGAGUUGUCUACCUUUCAUUCUGUAUCAUAUAGAAAUUUUGGGCAAGCGAAACUUGGGAGGAGAAUUUCAAGUAUUUUAAUUUCGUUCUACUUAAUGGAACUUGCUAUUACAUUCAUAUACUCAACCAUCAUGAGUGCUAACAUGUGUCACAGACAUGAACAACGUCCAUCAGAGGACGCUGAGAGCAGUUUUUAAAUCCCUAGAACUGUGAUUUUUUUUUUUCUUGGUGCUCAUACCUGACACAGGUCGUCAUAAGAUCCGCAUAGCAGAGCUACUACAAGGCCACCGAUUCUGUGCAAAAGAAAAUGCAAAACAAGUGAGACCUUUCUUCUUGCUAUUCAAGACAUUUCUCUGGACAUAUUUUUGUAGAAUCCAAAUAGAAAGCUUUUCCCUAUUUCAAUAUGAUACUCCUACUGCAAGGAAACAUUUAUUUUUCUCAAUACUCUGAAUAACUAUCAAUCCACCCUAGAAGAAAUCCUGCUAAACACCAUAAAACUUGUGUGUGAUGAUCUCUAUAGUACAGGUCAUAAAGACGUGGAGCAUAACUUUAUUUAACUCUUAAGGGAAUCUUUCUAAAUCAUUCGUGCUCUUAACCAAUGCAGACUGCGUUCCAAUUUGAGUUCUUCUAUCUGAACUAGUUUCUUAUCUGAACAAAAUACUAAUCAAAAGGCAUCCCAUUCAUAGUCCCCCACCCCCCCGAAUGGUCCUUCCUUGACUACCCCUCUCUCAUCAUUAAAGUUCCAUCCCGCCCUAGAAGUCUGUGCUGUCUUUC